UGAAUAUUGGAGUAUUAGAAAAUCCAAAUUAUAGCUAGAGCCACCACAUCCGCGAUUUCUGCGUAGUUUUUUUUUACUGCAAUAAAGCCUGGGAGUACAACUACUGCGUUCUUCGCGACUUCUUCCUGAAAGUAUUAAAGGGGACAAGUAGGCAUUACCCUAUAAGCCCUUCUCUAAAACAAGAACCUCCAUACUACAGAUAGUAUUAACUACUACACGGAAGAAGCAAAAUGAAAAUGAUGUCUUCCUCGUCCUCCGAGCUGGGACAGUACUGCAAUGCUGGCGCCAUCGUGCGCCUACCUGGUGUGCCGCCAAGGCGUGUGGCCUUCGAUGGCAGUGAAGAAGGACUCUGCCAGCAGAUCGUUUCCACCUUUGGAAUUCCAAGUUUGGACUCUUUUUGCGACAGUGCGAUUCUGGUGUGCGAUGGUGAGAGGCCACAUCAGUAUAGGAGGAGGAGGAGAACGUCUUCUUUUUCAACCGGAGGUGCGACUACUAGAAGAACCUCAAGCCUUGGGAGGAAGGUUGUACAACUCGAAGGUGACGAUUCCAUGUUGGACCACGUUUUCUUCGAGAACAACAGCAUCAAUCAAAACAACGAAGAUAGCCACGACACCUCUUGGCCCAGCAACAACAUCUUCGCCGGUCGUAAGAACAUGGAAGUGGAGGUUCUCUGGAGACUGCGUGGUGGUAAGGGAGGCUUUGGAGCACUUCUGAAGAAGCUUACGGGUGGGGGCAAGAAGACGACUAAUACCGAUGCCAUGAGAGAUCUGAAUGGUAGGAGACUGCGGCACGCGAAAACUGUAGAACGCUUUCAAGAAUGGAUGCAGAAGAAGAAGGUAUUGUAUACACUAAUUUCAGAGGAGAGUGGAUGCAGAAGAAGAAGGUACAGGAUACUCAUAGUCGAGGAGUAGGUAAGGAUCUCGAAAGUGGUUAACAACUGAACUACAGUACCAGUCUUUUCUUGAAUUUAAGGGUUACACACUUCUUUGCAAAUCAACACGGUUACUCAUGUGAUUGUAAAUUGUAUAACCAUGCUAGGACGAGGACGACAUAGUCGCUAUGUUAAACGACGGUGACCUUCCUGAGGCAAAGAUCGCGAAAAAGAAGGAGGUCACUUUGGGUGAGGACUUCCUAGGAAAAUUAAGGCCUCCCCUCCUGGUCCAUCUGCAGAGAAGUCAUCCUAGGAGGGAGGCUUUCCAAGGGGAAAAGCGCCCUGGGAUGAAUCUCAAGAUGAAUCUCAAGAUGGAUCUCUAAAAAAACUAGCGGAAAGCGGUCAAAGCAAACUCGCUAUGCUCAAAGCGGCACGAGGGAGCGGCCAACCCAUUGGACAGGGCCUACAUGUCAUGUCUGGUGGUGGAAGUAGUUCUUCUUCAAGCUCGUAUUCUGGCUUAAAACGCGCCAGUGCUCGGGAGGUGGAUCCAGCAUCUUUAGAGGCAGGAUUGUCGGAUGCAAGCACCGACGUAGGAUCGAAAAGGCGAGGAAAAUGGGACGACAAUAUGGAAGACCUGUUCGCAGAAUUCAUGGAAGAGUAUUUGCUUUUUUAAGUGUUCUAUUUAGAGACGUGCGGGAAGCGCACUUCUUUCUACAAAAGAUGCUUUCCUAGUACCUCUUGUUGUUCCCCUUUUGAUUUACAAAGUUGAAUAUUCCGUCUCAACCAAUGAACACACCACAGUGCUUCCGACGCCUCUGUAAGUUCCGACAGUGAUGAAGAGUUAAACAUCAGGACAAAGGGGAGAGGAAACGGAAAAGCGACAUCUAGUGCCGCAAAUAGCAGUAGCACAAAGUUGUCACCGAAACGUAGUAGUAUCAACGCUGGGAAGACUCAUGGUGCUAACGGAGGUAAUGGGAAUGCUAGUAGAGAAGGAAUUCCUUCUGGUGAAGAUGCUGCAGGACCGAGUGCGAACGGCCACUACGAUGUUGAUCGUGUUGACGCAGAUAAAGCAGAUGCUCUUGAACAAAAGGACCGAACAACAACUCCUCCAGCAGAUGAACAAGAAAGAGAGAACCCAGAGAACAAGAACCCAAAAUUGUCCGGUCGAGCCGCAAAGAGGCAGAAGAAAGAGCAGACAACGACCUCCUUUGUCGUGAACGAAUCCAUUGUCGUCAGGGAUUUCUCUCUCUACAAAAGUGCCCGUGAUUUGGAGCGGCAGUGUGGAGAGGAAAUCCUGAAGCAUUCGUGUGCGUUUCACGGUCUCAAGUUUGGUGGACGCGCAACUGAGCGAGCAACCAGGCUCUGGGAAUUGCAUCUAGCAGGAGGAAAGGAGAAAGCACCAAAGACUAUUUUUGCAGCAACAGCAGCAGCUGUGGAGAAAUAAUUGGUGUUUCAGUUUUUUGCGCCCAUAGCGGGGGAGAAAUGAUUACGAUUGUGAUUGCACCUCUCUCCUGGUCCUGUCUAAGUAGUAUAGUAGUACUAUGAGCCCCGAAGAACGACCCUGAGCAACUAACUGAUAGGAAUUCCCCUUUUCAUCCCACAUAGCGACACGGCUUGUAAAACAGCGUGUUAGUUUUCCCUCUAUCUCGUAGAUUUAUCCCUUCAAGCGACAAGUUGUAAAAUCAUCAGUCACAACUAACUCUAGCUUAGUCUUCAUUCUAUCCGAG